AUUUAGUUAGUUGACAGCAAAAUGUUGAAGAAUUUGGUUCAGUUUCAUUUCCUUGUCGUCCGUUUUUAACGGGGGUUUUCCUACAGUAAAUACUUUACCAAAACUUCAAAUAUUGCUAAUUGAAACUUGUAGAAACAUGUUUAGAGUGCUCCUGACUUGUCUGAUUUUAUGGAAUGUCCUUUUUUUAAAGGCCUCUCCCGUGGGUAAUCAAAACAUUAUAGAGGUCAAUGGAAAGCAUUACUACAUUUCGUUGGCCAAAUCGAACUGGUUUGAGGCAACAAAUCGCUGCCGUCAAAGAGGUGGAUUCCUGGUGAACUUGGAAAGCAGAGAGGAGCUAGAGCAUCUCACCCCUCACCUACACCCAGCCUACAGCUACUGGGUAUCCAUCAAUGACCUUGGAGUUCGGGGCGUAUACGCAUCGGAGGCCACUGGUCUAGAGGCUCCUUUUCUUAAUUGGUCUGCCGGACAGCCGGACAACAGCAAUGGCAACGAUCGGUGCGUGGAGCUCUGGCUAUCAACAAGUUCCUUUCAAAUGAACGACCUCUCCUGCCAAAAUUCUCUUAGUUUUAUUUGUCAAAUAAACUAGAAAAAAUAAAGGUCGAAAUUAACUACAUGAAAA